AUGCAUGAUAUAUAUGUAUAUGCUAUAUAUAUUUUACACACUACAGAUAGGUUCCAUAAAUUGAGCGGUGUUGUUGAAACCAACAAGCCCAAAGGUGAGCAAUUUGGAAGCAGAAACCAUGAAACACAUGCAAUUAUAAAAAAACAGAGUAAUCUGAGAGAGAGAGGAGAGAAGAUGGGCGUGUUAGAAUACUACCCGGAGCUUCUGGUGGUAAUCUCAGUGAUGGCGUACAUGGUGAUGGUAAGGAGAAGGGGAAAAGGCAUCCUGCUCCCCACGAACUGGCCGGUGGUGGGAAUGCUGCCGGGCGUCCUCCUCAAUCUCCACCGCCCCCACGAAUACCUCACCCAAGUCUUCCGCGACCACGGCACCACCCUCCACUUCAAGGGCCCCUCCCACUCCCACAUCAACAUGCUCCUCACCUGCGACCCCGCCAACAUCCACCACGUCUUCAGCCGAAACUUCUCCAACUACCCCAAGGGCCCCGAAUUCCGCAAGAUCUUCCACAUCCUGGGCGACGGCAUCUUCGGAGCCGAUUUCGACCUCUGGGAGAUUCACCGCAGGACCACGCUCUCGCAGCUCACCCACGCCUCCUUCGCCGCCCACCUCCAGGCCACCGUCUGGCGCAAGGUCGAGGUCGGCCUCCUCCCCUUGCUCCGCCGCUUCUGCGACCAGGGUGACGAGUUCGAUUUGCAGGACGUCUUCCAGCGGCUGACGUUUGACAACAUCUGCAAGCUGGUGCUGGACCACGACCCCUGCAGCUUGUCGCUCGAGCUGCCCCACAUCCCCUGCGAGAAGGCGUUCAGCGCCGUCGGGGAGCCGCUCAUGUACCGACACGUCAUCCCGGAGUUCAUCUGGAAGCUGCAGAGACGGCUGAACAUCGGCAGGGAGAGGAUGCUCGCCGAGGCCGAGCGUGCCAUCCACGACUUCAUCUAUCCGCGGCUAGGAUAUGAAAAGGAUAAUAAUGAAUUCAACAUGCUGAGAGCUUUCGAGCAGAUGUAUACAGACAAGAAUCUGGGGCCGCCUUCUGGAUUGAGAGACUUCUUGAAGGACACGGCACUGAGCUUGAUCUUCGCCGGCAGGGACACCACCAGCACCUCCCUCACCUGGCUUUUCUGGCUCAUCGCUCAGAAUCCGUCCACGGAGGCCAGGAUCCGGGAAGAGAUCGAGGCCGAGUUGAAUCUCAAGAAAGAAAAGAAAUGGAGAUGGUUCAGUGCACAAGAGUCACAGAAGCUAAAAUACCUGCACGGCGCGCUGUGUGAGUCGCUGAGGCUGUUUCCGCCGGUGGCGAUGGAGCACAAGGCUCCGAUGCAGCCGGAUAUUCUGCCGAGCGGGCAUUACCUGCGGAGGAACGCGAAGCUCAUAAUAUCGUUCUACUCGGUGGGGAGAAUGGAGAGCGUGUGGGGGAAAGACUGCUUGGAGUUCAAGCCGGAGAGGUGGAUCACUCGCAGUGGGAAGAUCAAACACGAGGCGUCGUACAAGUUCCCGGCGUUCAACGCGGGGCCCAGGACUUGCUUGGGGAAGGAGAUGGCCUUCAUACAGAUGAAGAUGGUGGCGGCGGCUAUCAUUUAUCAUUACCAUGUCCAACUAGUUGAGGGUCAUCCAGUUUAUCCUCGCGACUCCAUCAUUCUGCAAGCCAAGCAUGGAUUGAAAGUCAGCUUAUCUAGAAUUGCUAGCUAGCUCCUUGAUGAUCAUUCCUUAUACUAUUGAUGCCUAAUAGAUUAUUGUUGUGUUUCAUCAACUGUAUAUCCAUGUUUCUACACCAAAAUAACUGCGUAGGCCGAAUAAUCGAGGGAUUGAGCGAGAUUCGUGCCUCAAUAUAUUGUUUAUAUAUCAACAACUUAUCCACCAAAAUAACAUUAAGUGAUAAUUCGUUUUGGAAUAUACAAUUGUUGCUAUUUCGAUC